UUGCUGCCGGCGGAAGUAGCAGAUCUACGUCACGGCUGCAGAUCCCGGAAGCACUAACCUAGCUAGCUAAACUUUCGCUUUGACACCUCCGGUAAACGACGUGAUCAUGGCGACGUUUUUCGGUGAAGUGUUGUCGGUGUACUCUCGGGCCGUGGAGGAAGACGAAGAGGAGCUGGAGGAAAACGAAGAAGAUGAAGAAAUCCACAAAGAGCUGGAGGAGAAGAGGAAGGUUGAUCUGCAGUGGAGCCCUGAAGUCUCAGAGUCGCUGAAGUCUGGAAACAAGUUGCAGUGCUCAGACUUCAUCCUCGCUGUGGGACACAACGCUGCCAGGUUUCUGUCAGUGUACGUUCUCACCUCUGAAAACUGGGACGCAGUCGGACACGCAUCAGUGUGGAACGAGAGGAGCCGGCCUGUAACUGGGAUAGCAAGCGAGGAGUCGGCAUGUGUUUUCUACAGACACAAGAGCAACCCAUCUGUUUUGAUAUGCCAAGCAACUUGCUACCUUGCAGAAGACCAGCUGUUUCAGUGGACAGAAAAGGUGUUUGACUGCCUGCAGCACAGAGAGCUGAAUGUGACUGUGCUGUCAGACAGCUCUGUGGCGGAGUACAAGACAGCAGACUAUCUGUGCGGUAGCUCGGCUCCCUUCCUGCGCUCGCUACACACCGCUGCUUUCCAUGGUCAACCUGUCUGCCAGUCACUGGAGCAGCCCAACAUAGUCACUGGACUUCCAGCUGCAGUGCUCAACCACUGCGAGGUCCACCGCAUCGCCACCGUUGUUUACCAGUGUUACAGCGACGUCACCGGCCCUGACUCUGUCGCCAUGGAGACCUUCAAGCCCGCACUAACCAAGCUCGGCAAGUCUAUACAGUUGGACCCGUCUCCAAGCACAGACGUCUUCCUCAAGUUUGUCAAAACCACCAAGAUCCAGAGUAAUCUUUAUAUCUGAGAAGCCAUGUUGCACUCUAUGUAGUGUGAUUUAAUUCUAAUUUCCUCUGUAAGAUACUUUCAUUUUUUAAUAAAGAAA